CUGAUAAAUUGUUGAACUGUAUGGAUUACUUAAAGAUAGGCGCUUGGAAAUGCUGUAAGCUGCACUCGAAACAUGGUACCCAUGUAUUGUACCUAGGUACUUUAGCUAGGUAAUGCACCUAAGGCUUAAAGCUGUCAAAACGCCAGCACCACAAAUUGAAGUUUAAACUUUAGAUGCAAAACGCGGGCAGCUGCAACCACCACCUUGGAAACUUCGUUUCAACCAAAAUUCAAACUCCGAGAAGCCGAUGCAAUAGCCAACUCUCCAUUUGUUUUCUUUCUUUUUUUUUUUCCCUUGUACCCCGGCUACCCGUCCCGUAAAGAAAAAAAAAACUCUUGCGGACUUCGGACGUUUGAAACGUUUGAUUUACGAUGGCAGCUGCCGCCCCCGACACCUCGUCGUUCACCGACUCGGCCCAGAUCUUCGCCUCCCACACCUUACCCCAGAUCCGCGCCAUCCACAAGAGCCUCCAUGUCCAGAUCGACGAGAAGUCCGCGCGCCUGCGCACCCAGGUCGGGAACAGCUACAGGGAGCUGCUGGGCACCGCCGAUACCAUCGUCCAGAUGCGCGGCGACAUGCUCGCCGCCCAGGACAUCCUGAACCGCAUGGGCGGCAUGUGCGGGCGCACCGUCGUCGGCGCCAAGGUCUCGGGUCUGGGCAAGUUCCGCGGCCGGGAGGAUGCCGAAGCGCAGCUGAGCCGGGUCGCGAGGCUUAGGCUGUUGAAUGCGUGCGGGCUUGCCGUAGGGCGUCUGCUGAAACAAGGCGGAGAAGGCAGAGGGGACCGGUUGGUUCUGGCAGCCAAGGUCCUCGUCUUGAAGCGUCUACUGGUCUCGAGCUUUGGACCGACCGACAACGCCAGCGAGGAUAUUCGGACCGCAGUCGAGGGAGGGAAGAAAAGUUUGAGUAGUCUGCGGCGGAGACUACUCAGAGCAGUCGAGAAGGUGUUAGAGAAGAUCAGCGACGAAGUCGAUCGAGGCGAUAUUCUGAAAGCUUUGACUGCGUAUAGUUUGGCUUCAAGCUCGGGUGCCAAGGACGUUCUACGGCAUUUUUUAAGCGUCAGAGCGGAGGCUAUAACGUGCGAAUUUGACCUCGAGGAUCACGAGAAGGGGAAAGGUGCCAAGAACGUUUUAAAGGGCCUCGACUUGUAUACAAGGACAUUAUUAGAUGUACAAGCUUUGGUGCCGAAUAAGCUCUCAGAUGCGUUGCUUCACCUGAAGAAGCAGCACUUGCUAGCGGAUAAGUCGCUGCAGGAGCUGGAGGGGCUCCGGCUGGACAUAUUCGAGAAGUGGUGCGGAGAUGAGAUUCAGUACUUCACCCCAUUCAUCCGGCAUGACGACUUAGAGGGUAAACAGGCCAGAGAAAUGCUUACGAACUGGGCGACCAAAGGCGGCGAGACUCUCCUCCGAGGUCUACAGAGUACCCUCGAGCACGUUUCCGAGUUCAAGACGAUUGUGGAUCUGCGAACGAGUGUUCUUCAGCACUGGAUUAAGGAUGGCGGGAAAGCGAGAGGUUUCGACCCAUCCGUAUUGCUUAAUGGAUUACGAGAGGCUAUCAAUACCAGGCUCUUGCAAAUCAUAGAGGACAAGAUAACUAAGCUCAAGCUCGUCGGGUCCGAGGUAACUGCGACGCUUGACGUAUGGCAGCCUGGAACUACCGACCAACGUCGCAGCUUAUGGGAUGAAGAGAUGUUGGAACUGGAUACCUCAAGCAGUGCUAACCAGAUUACUCACGAAGUUACAUCUCGCCUAUAUGGAAGAAACGACGCGGUAGCCCGAGUAGUCACGAGCUAUGAAUCGUGGCGCCAUCUUAUAGAUAGUGUUGGCGAUUCAAUCGAGCAGCUAAGACGUCAACACUGGGACAACGACGUGGAUGAGAUCGAGGACGAGGAUGUUAUUGCAGAGCGCCAGAAGCUACUGAGCAAGGAGGAUCCUGAGUUAUUACAAACCAGACUUAACGAAGCCGUCACAAAGGCUUUCGAGGACUUAAAUGAGCACCUGAAAACCACCUGGAAGUCCAGACUGGAGAGUACAGACAAUGGGCCGAUUUCGAUGUACAUUUUAAGGAUCCUCAGGGAUAUUCGUGGUCGGCUCCCCAAGCUUGAAGACGUCAAGUCUUUUGGGUUGAAAAGCGUCCCAUCCUUACACGAGAAGCUCGCAGCUCAUGUAUCAGUCUCACCUCUUGAAGAAUUUUCUUCGACGGCUUUGACACGCAAGCGAGUGGCUGGACGAGCCCUAUGGGAAGGUGAACCUGCUUUACCAGCGCAACCGUCCCCCGGCACAUUUAAACUCCUGCGUAAUCUUAUCCUGUCCAUGGGUGACGCUGGUCUGGACCUCUGGACACCGGCCGCCGUAAGCAUUCUUAAGCGAAUAUUCGGCAAACAGCUCGUCGAGGUAUGGCGCAAAGAACUCGACAAUUUGGAAACAGCAAGCAGUCAGGAAACGAAAGAAUUAGACGAGGAGAAGCAACCAACACAACCAACAGAGGAGACGGAGGAGGGAUCUGCAGAAACUAAGGAAGAACCGCUAGCAAAGGAAGAGGCAGAUGAAGAGAAGAAGUCCGAGAGGAGCAAGGAUAUUCUUAUCCAAUGGCUGUAUGAUAUCCACCUUCUCCAACAAUGUCUGGGUGCCGAAGUUUAUUCGGAGGAGUCGUUUACGAAAUUUACAGAGGACGUAUUCAAAAAGACCGGAUUGGACAGCAGCGCUCAAGAAAGGCUGGAGAAAACAUCGCAGGAGUAUUGGAAGAGGACGAGCUUGCUAUUCGGGCUGCUCGCAUAAUUAUGAUACCCACAGAAGUUUUUAAAAAAGAUCCGAAGAAGCCAACUAUAACUAUAGUUACAGAAAAGAGAAAAA